AUGCGCGUCCACACGAUGUACCCCGCGCUUCUUCGCGCGUACUUCGCGUGCCGAAGCGCGGGCGCGGACCGCGCGACGGAGCUCGCGCUGCGGCGGCGGAGAGACGCGCUCCUCGAAGACGCGCGCGUCCGGCGAGAAGAAAACGCGCAGAACGCGUCCGGUUUCUUCGACGCGCACACGCACGGCCAGGGCGGCGAGGAGAUGGACGACUUCAUCGCGCGAUGCACCGCGGAGUUGAGAGCGUAUUCCGUGGAGUUGAACGCCAUCGCGCGGGAGAGCGAGGACGCGUGCGCGGAGUUUGAACGACGCGUCGCUACGAUCACCGCCUCCGCGGCGAAAAUUAAAAUCGACGACGAGAGAGCCCGCGAGAGAGGAGGAGGAGGAGGCACGCCGGCCGACGCCGCGAGGGGAGUCGACGACGACACGGUCUACGACGACGAGGACGAGUUCGGAGACGACGACGACGACGACGACGACGACGAGUCCACGGACGCGAGCGCGUGGGUGAGGAAGCAGAGGAAACGCGCCGCCGCCGCCGCCGCCGCCGCCGCCGCCGCCGCCGCGGGGGGGGGAUCGAAAAAACCACCAGCCGCCCCCGACGCCGCCGCCGCCGCGGGUCCGUCUCUCACCGCAAAGCACGUGGACACGCGAGAGGACGACCUGCGCAAGUCUCUCAAGCGGAAGUACGCGACGUCGAUAUCGUCCCUUCGAGACGAGUUCCUCCGCAAGAGGAAGAAAGGCAAGCUCCCGACGGACGCCACGGAGGCGCUGAAAAAAUGGUGGAGCGACAACGUCGUAUGGCCGUAUCCGUCCGAAGACGACAAGCGCGCGCUGUCAAAGUCUACCAACCUCAGCGCGACGCAGAUCAACAACUGGUUCAUCAACCAGCGGAAGCGACACUGGCACAAGCUGUUUAAGGGCGUGACGCAGCCCGCGAGCGAGGAGGAAGCCGCGGUCGCGCUGCGACGCGCGUUCGGGACGCUCGAAAAAGCCCUCGAAGUCGCGCGGGCGUCGUGAGGUACUCUGCUGUAAGUUAUUCUCUUCUCUGUUCUACGACAAUACGUGUGAC